UGUAGAAGCGUCGGAAUCCGAAGCAUUGACCACACAGUGCAGCAAGUUUUAGCUUUGUCCCAACAUAGAUCGAAUGCUAGGAGGAAAAGGUUAUAAAUCUAAACUCUUUCAGCGUACCGCAUUAAAAGUAGAAAGUAAAACACUUGCUCUUGAAUCGCAUAGAAUUUGUUUACAAUUCAACUUGACGAACAGAUAAAAACAGGGGCACCAAGCCAACUGUCAAGACAGUGAGGUGCAGGAGCAAACAAUUCGCCUCUUGUAGUUUAUCCACAGACGAGCGGUGGCACAUCAACGGAACGCUCGAGUUUAGUUUUGUGGCAGACUUGCGUACAUACAGUGGCCUGGAAAUCGGAACAGGAAAACAAAAGCGACUAGCAUUAAGCACCGUUCUAUCCGGUGAGCCUGCUCCGGAAUUCUAUUUUCCUACUCCUUGCGGAGUGUACAAACGGUUUGAGGGGUGUUUCCCUUUGCAUGCUGUUCUACAUUACCUUUGCCAGUGAAAAGGCUAAAAAAAAGUAAAGUAUACGCGUUUGCGCUUCCAAUUUGGUAGCUCGCUUUGGAAAUUUGCCUCUAGUGUAAGUGUAAGUGUGUGGGUGUGCGUGUUUCAUGGUUUUUCGCCUUUUUCCGAUAGGAAAAUUGUGUUUGUUUUGAUCAGUAUCACCGUCAAGUGCAAAGGCGAACAUGUAAAAUUCUACUUGCGCGCGUGUGUGUGCGGGUUUGUAACGAUCGAUGGUGUGUAGUGGCUUGAAUGUGGUGUACGCGUUCAGUUAAAGAAUAGAAUUAGCAGCACCUACUCUUUUUUUUGCUGCUGGAUCAAAACGAAAGGGCGUUCCGACGUUCCGCUUUUUUUUUGUUGGUGUUGGCACCCUCAUACCCCAAGUGUGUAGUGUGCGAUUGUGCUUUCAACCACAAAUCCUGCUGAUUGUUUUCCGCCACCUACACGAGAAAGGCUUCUUUCGAACGUUGCCACACCGAGAUGAAGAUGCAUUCUGUGCAUGCAGAAGCAUAAUGCAUUGCUUCGUUACCUUACAUAAUGCAGUUAAAUCGCAUCAGUAUGUCAUGAAAAGCAUAUUCUCGACAUUGUGCAGCUUCUGAUAAAAAAAAAAAAAAACAAACAAACAAGUGCUUAAGCGGUGGUUGAAGGGCUAACAGGCAGCAGCAAAUCUAGUGGCUGCGGUGGCGCGCGUGGCUUGUAACAGCAGCUUGUGUAAAGAGGCUUUAUCGAAACACGGAACCACAUUUGGGAUGAUCAUGAAAAUAGCAACAACACUGCAAGGCGAUGGCGUUGGUAUCGUUACCGAUGACACUGCGCUCAUUGGAGACAUCGAAACCUGCUGUCAACUGGUACGUCGCUGUUGCUCCCCAAGGAGGAAAAGUUCGCAAUUUUGUUGCUAGUGCGUGAAUCUGUGCUUGUGCCGACAUAGUAUUGGAGCAGAGGCGUGCAUUGAAACACAUCUAAUAAUCGUAUCUAAUCCUUCCUGAACGGUGUAUAGUGCAAAAAAUCAACCUUUCUUGAGUAAAAGUGUGGUGAAAAAUGUUGGUAACUUCCAAAUUGAUCUAGUGUGAAUGUGUCUAACCCCAUAAUAUUGGGUGUAGUGUACACAGUGUUGUGCAUUAGCUAAACAAAAAAAAAAAACGCGUACAUGUUGGCUGUCGUCGUGGAAUGCUAACUACAGCAUCAUUGUAACCCACGUCCAAAUAUCAGAUGUUCAACUGAUUCUAAGCUGGGUAACGAAGUGCAAUUUCAGAAUUGGGGAUUACGGUAUUAUAUAGUUAUUUGUGUACUGUUGUCAUUCGUAAAAAAUUGGUGUUAAAAAUCAGCAAAUCAGCAAACCGGCCCCAGUUGCAGCUAUAAUAGCAUCUGGACUUGAAUGUAGAGAAACAGGAAGUUAUAUUGUUAAAUGCAUCGGUAUAGUACACCAUUGGCAAAUAACGGAUGCCGCAGCAAACGGAAUACCACACCACAAAGGUGGUCGAAAUAUAUAUAACACGUUUUCGCUAGUGUGCAUGUGUGUUUGUAACGACCAGUGAGGACGAUACUAGCCCCUACCAUGCAGCGUACCUUUGGCGGCCUUUCGGCGGCCAAUCGAGCGGGUGUUUACGAUGGCAAAAUAGCGGGUUUGUACGAUCUGGAGGAAACGCUCGGUUCGGGCCAUUUUGCAGUGGUAAAGCUUGCUCGUCACGUGUUUACCGGCGAGAAGGUAGCGGUAAAGGUAAUUGAAAAGACGAAACUGGACGACAUCUCGCGUGCCCAUCUGUUCCAGGAAGUGAGAUGCAUGAAACUGGUCCAACAUCCAAAUGUGGUACGACUGUACGAGGUUAUAGAUACGCAGACGAAGCUGUACCUAAUACUAGAGCUGGGGGAUGGCGGCGAUCUGUACGAUUACAUUAUGCGCCAUGAGAAGGGCCUGUCGGAGAACGUUGCGCGCGAAUACUUCCGACAGAUUGUGCGAGCCAUCUCCUACUGUCAUCAGUUGCAUGUGGUGCACAGAGAUCUGAAACCGGAGAAUGUGGUGUUCUUUGAAAAGCUGGGCGUUGUCAAGCUGACCGAUUUUGGGUUUAGUAAUAAGUUCUGUCCGGGCCAGAAACUGGAGACCUCCUGUGGAAGUUUAGCGUACUCGGCACCGGAAAUCUUACUGGGCGAUUCGUAUGACGCACCGGCAGUUGAUGUGUGGUCACUGGGUGUGAUACUGUUCAUGCUGGUUUGCGGUCAUCCACCGUUCCAAGAAGCGAACGAUUCGGAAACGCUAACAAUGAUCAUGGAUUGCAAGUACACAAUGCCUGCUCACGUGUCGGACGGUUGCCGGAAUCUCAUCAGUAAGAUGCUUGUGCGCGAGCCGGAGAAACGAGCAACGCUGCAACAGAUCGCCGUAGACGAAUGGCUGAUGGAGGGUAGCUGUGAGGAAACGCCGGAAAAUUUACCCUUGGUCAGUCGGGAGCAAGUGAGCGAGGAGGAUCAUACGUUGAUCAUUCAGAAAAUGAUCAACGGCAAAAUUGCUACCAAAGAGGAAAUUUUAGAGGCUUUAGAUCGUAACGAGUACAAUCACAUAACGGCGACAUACUUUUUGCUGGCGGAGCGAAAACUUCGCGCACACCGGCAGGAGGAAGCGCAGAAACGGAAACCGGAGCUGACGUUGCCGGUUUCGAACGCAGCGCGGUUGCUUCAAAAUUAUAAGAAAAAUGAAGCAAACGACGAUGAGGAUUCACAUGAUGGACUAUUAUCAACGCGGUUGGGCAUGCAUCUGAGCGUUCCCAGGACACCGGGCACAGAAACGGGGCAGACUGGCCGAAGUCGAAAGUGCAGCAUCGUGCAGGAAGAGGAAGACGACGAGGAUGACGUUCAUUGUGCUGGCCAUGAGGAACUGUCGACGCCUCUGAACAGGAGAGGUUCGCGUUCGGAAGGACGCAUUAACGUAACGGUGCAGGAUCGAAUAGCGGAAUCGGAGCGGCUGAAGCUGGAGGCGAAAAAAUAUCAACAGUCGGAGCAACAGCAGCACGGUCGACUUAGCGUCGGUGACGUACACGAGAAACCGUCACACACGGUUGGGGCCGAUCAAGUGGAUUGUGGUGUUGGUGGUGAUCAUCAGCGUGGUUCGGUAUUGCCAAAUCCACACAUUUCGCCUCUUCUCGGUGGAAUCGGCAAUGUUACGCUAGUGACGAGUGAAAACAGUAGCACGAAGGAUCGGCUAGGGAUAGCCGGUGGUGGAUUGCAUCGGAAACCUAUGCCCGAGUUGAAGCGACAUGUCGGUGGGAGUAUCGAUUCGAAGAAGUCGUCCAUACUGAAACCAACGUUGGUAAAAAUUACGGACGGUGUUGGCGUUAGAUCGGGAUCGUUUGAUCAAUGCAUGCGGGGUAUUGCUAGCGGUGGGGUAGGAGAGCUAGUAACGACGAAGAUAAUUACUGACAGCUCGACGAUAACGAUACCGAUUCCAACGCUCAAUAUCGUUACCUCUUCCACGAUACCAAAGUAUAAGACGAUGCCGUCACCAACGAGGUCCAACGCGAUCCUUACCUCGACGACGAACUGCCUGAACGAAAUCUUCGAAGAGGGCACGGACGUUGGCAGCUCGGACAGUACGAGUACGACACCGCGACCCGUCAUACGCAGCCAGUUUGUGGCGGCCCGCCAACAGAGCCAACCGACGGGGAAUGGAAAUAGUGCCGGUGUGGGUGCGACCGGUUCGGGAAACAAUGUGCACCGGCGAAGCAAAUUCAACAAAUCACGCACAGCAUCCUGUAGUAGCUCCGAUGCGUCAGACGAUGAUUCGGAGAAUCGGAAGAAGCGGGCACACAAAAUUGUGGACGCUACCAUAAAGCCACUGUCACAGCGCAGGGAUUCGCAUGACGAUUCGAGCGAUUCACAGGAUCAAGGCAGCAAUGUGGCGGGUGGUGGUGCGGGGAAACCGCAAAUAAAAGGUAUAUCUGGUGCCACCAAUGGUAGCACUAGCAAUGGUGGAACCGGUGGUGGCAGCGGUAGCCGUGGUGGUACCGGAACACAGACAUCAUCGACGGAAGACAAGCACGGGACAAACAGUCGACAGAAAACAUCACAACAGGUCGAUUUCCGGCGGCACCGUGGCCGAAGACGGCCAGUCGAAACGCGAUUACGCGAAAGUCAGUCACUCAAUCGUAUUACGGAGGUGCAAGAAUCGGAGGUGGGCGGUGGACAUUCCGUUACGCAGCAGCUAGCUAGCAGUACGGUAGUUGGGACACCUUUGGUAACAAUGGUUACGUCCAAUGGUGCCGUUUCGAAGCCGGCGGAUCCCUUGACGAAUGGAGGAUGUAACGACCAAGCAGAGGGUAUAUGUGAUAUUUCGUCUUCAGAUCGAACAUGUGAAGCAGAACCUGAGACGGUGGUGAAUAGGGAAGCCAGUACACCGAGCAGUACGAAAAAGGCACAGUGUACAAAGGCAGCAUCGCCACGACAGCAACACCAUCAUCAUGGAUCGUCCAAACCGAAAGGAUUGAGUGCGAGAAUAUUUCACACGUUCAAGAAGCAACCGGCAGUGGUCACUACGCCAACUCCCACCGGUGCGGCUAGUGCAAUGGUGGAUCCACCCUCUACCGGAUCCGGUGAUGAUAUUGAAAUUGUGGUGGAGUUGGCUAAAGCUCUAAAUAAUGCGACGGCCGAGGGUGGUGGAAAGACUGGCAACACGAAAAAGAUAAAAAUUCUUGGGCGCUAUUUUCAGGUGCAUAAGAAAAUUUAUGUUCCACUGUCCGGUUUGUUCCAGCGCGGUCGCCUCUACAAAGCACAGUCUUGUGGUUCGAUCGUUCGGGACAAAGUGAACGUAAACCCGAACGGUCCGGGAGGAGGAUCGCAUGCAAAUACAACCGGCCGCCAUUCGACGAUAUUUAACGAAAAGAAUCGUAUUAUUAAGAAUUGUCUCAGUAACACCGGUGAACCAGGUGCCCGACAUCUUGGCAGUGACGGUGACAUAAAUCACAACGGUGGUUCCCAUCAUCAUCAUCAUCAUCAUCAUCACAGUAGCAGUAGUUUUCUGGCCUCUCUCUCCACUAGCGCACCGUCAGCUGAGGUUAUUGUUCGUGGUGCGUCACCGGUCGAAAUGGUGUCGAACGGUCGGUCCAGUAUCGUCGAUCAUGCGGCAACGGUUCUCAGUGCUACCACCGUCACAACAUCGCCUGUCCCAAUCAAAACGGCGUAGUAGGUUGAAUGUUAGCCGUAGGUGGUAACGCUUAAUUCUAAACCCGCACAGCUAUUAAGCCAAAGAGAGAUUGUUCCAGGAGGUUGUGCACAAAUCGGUCCACCAGUUAUUAUUGGUCCGGUAUGACAAUUAAUGCUACUGGCAUGCAAUGUUAACAUUGCUUAAAAAAUGUUUAAUCAAACUCUUUUACUUAAUUGUUCCUUCUCGAUUCAAAACAUUUACAAUACACAUUUAAAACCGUCUAGUUACUACAGUGGAUAGUGGAUCAGAUUCUAAUAGACGUGAAACAGUCAGUUUAUUUUAAUGAAAUUAACUUGAAAAGUGCAAUAAUUCAACGUUAUGAAUGACAUUAAAAGCAACUAAUUUAUCUA